AAAAGGGGGGGGGGGGGGGGCUCCUGUUGUUGAUCCGAAAUUCACACUCCACGCCGGGAUCCAUAUUUUGGCACGGCGCACCAACAUGAGAAGAUGACUGGUGAUGCUUCUCCGAGAACUACUGAUCGUUGACAUCUCUCCAGCUUUCCUCUCUCCCACUGCAACGCGUUGAACCACUAUUAUCAGCCAUCAAGCUCCUGGAUUGUUUGCAUACAGCACACAAUGGCUUCUGCACUGUGGAGGUGUCCAGUGUUUCGCUGCCUCUUGCUCCUUCUCUUUUGCUUGCAUUGUUCACAAGGGUUCAGCCGGGCGGCCUUGCCUUUCGGGCUGGUCAGGAGGGAGCUCUCAUGUGAGGGAUAUGCAAUUGAUCUCCGCUGCCCGGGGAGUGAUGUCAUUAUGAUCGAGACGGCCAACUACGGCCGGACUGACGACAAGAUCUGUGACGCUGACCCAUUCCAGAUGGAGAACGUCAACUGCUACCUCCCCGAUGCCUACAAGAUUAUAUCACAAAGGUGCAACAACCGUACGCAGUGUGUGGUUGUCACUGGCUCUGAUGUCUUUCCUGAUCCAUGCCCUGGCACCUACAAGUACUUAGAGGUCCAGUAUGAGUGUGUUCCCUAUAUUUUCAUUUGUCCCGGGACUCUGAAGGGUGUAGGAGACGCCACCUUCCUUUUUGAGGCAGAGCAGCAAGCGGGGUCAUGGUGCAAAGACCCACUGCAGGCUGGAGACAAAGUCUUCUUCAUGCCCUGGACGCCGUACCGCACCGACACCCUCAUCGAGUACGCCUCUCUGGAGGACUUCAAAAAUGCUCGCCAGACGACCACCUAUAAACUACCGCACCGUGUUGACGGGACAGGCUUUGUAGCCUAUGACGGUGCUAUCUUCUUUAACAAGGAACGCACACGCAACAUUGUCAAGUUUGACCUGCGCACACGCAUCAAAAGCGGCGAGGCUAUCGUUAAUAACGCCAACUAUCACGACACCUCACCAUACCGCUGGGGCGGCAAGACGGACAUUGACCUGGCAGUGGACGAGAGGGGUUUAUGGGUAAUCUACGCCACAGAGCAGAACAAUGGGCGCAUUGUGGUGAGCCAGCUCAACCCGUAUACGCUUCGCUUUGAGGCCACAUGGGAAACGGCGUAUGACAAGCGCUCGGCCUCUAACGCCUUUAUGGUGUGCGGCGUGCUCCAUGUGGUGCGCUCGACCUAUGAAGAGAACGAGAGCGAGGCCAGCAGGAGCCAAAUCGAUUACAUCUACAACACCAAGCUGAGCCAGGGCGAGUACACUGACAUUCUCUUCCCCAACCAGUACCAGUACAUCACCGCUGUGGAUUACAACCCCAGGGACAACCAGCUAUACGUGUGGAAUAACUUUUACAUCCUGCGCUAUGACCUGGACUUUGGGCCACCGGAUCCCGCUGAAGUGCCAACUAUUGAAGAUUUCUCCGUCUCAUCAUCCGUGCCCAAGACUGCCACACUCAUUACUACCACCGCAGUGUCCACUGUGAAGGGGCAGGGUGACACCACUGCAGCAGGAGCAGACCCUAGGGAUGGGAGAGAUCCGUUUGAGGACACCCGUGGCUCAGGUACAGUGGAGCCCACAGUCCCUGAGCUGCCGCCGACACCCCGACGCUUCUGUGAGGCGACUAGGAGGAGAGCCAUCGACUGGCCCCAGACCCACACUGGAACCACUGUGGAGAGGCCCUGCCCCAAAGGGACCAGAGGCAUCGCCUCCUUCCUCUGCACUGUGGCAGGGACCUGGUGCUCCAAAGGGCCAGACCUCAGCAACUGCACGUCCCACUGGGUGACUCAAGUGGCACAAAAGAUUCGAAGUGGCGAAAAUGCCGCUAAUUUAGCCAAUGAGCUGGCACGUCAUACGCAGGGACCGGUGUUCGCCGGAGACGUCAGUUCUUCAGUGCGCCUGAUGGAGCAGCUCGUGGACAUCCUGGAUGCCCAGCUGCAGGAGCUCAGACCCAGUGAGAAGGACUCAGCUGGACGCAGCUUCAACAAGGCAAUCGUGGACACUGUUGACAACCUCCUGAGGCCGGAAGCUCUGAAAUCCUGGAAAGACAUGAAUUCCACAGAACAAACGCACGCCGCUACAAUGUUACUGGAUACCCUGGAGGAAGGGGCGUUUGUCCUUGCAGAAAACCUGAUCGAGCCCGCGAUCGUAAAAGUGCCUGCAGAGAAUAUCAUGUUGGAUGUGUAUGUGUUAAGCACCGACGGUCAGGUGCAAGACUUCAGAUUUCCUCAGACAAAUAAAGGUGGAGCGUCUCUUCAACUUUCCUCCAACACGGUCAAAGUCAACAGUAAAAAUGGUGUGGCCAAGCUAGUGUUUGUGCUCUACAAACACCUGGGUCAGUUCCUCAGCACAGAGAACGCUACACUGAGGGGAAUAGGGGACAUGAACAAACACAACCUCUCGCUCACCGUCAACUCUCACAUCCUGUCAGCCUCUAUUACCAAGGAGUCCAGCCGUGUGUUUGUGGCCGACCCCGUGAUCUUCACACUUGAGCACCUGGAUAAGGAGCACUACUACAAUCCCAACUGUUCUUUCUGGAAUUACUCAGAGCGGAGCAUGAUGGGAUACUGGUCCACUCAAGGCUGUAAACUGCUAGAAACCAACAAGAGCCACACCACUUGCUCCUGCAGUCACUUGACCAACUUCGCCAUCCUCAUGGCUCAUCGGGGAAAUGUGGGGGAGGGGAGCGUCCAUGAGCUUCUUCUUACCGUCAUCACCAGGAUGGGUAUUGCAGUGUCUCUCGUCUGCCUGGCCAUUAGCCUCUUCACCUUCUGCUUCUUCAGAGGUCUGCAAAGUGACCGCAACACUAUUCACAAAAACCUCUGCCUCAACCUCUUCAUAGGAGAGCUGGUCUUCCUUGUUGGCAUCAAUAUGACCGAACCAAAGCUGGUGUGCUCGGUCAUUGCCGGGGUUCUCCACUUCUGCUUCCUGGCUGCAUUUGCCUGGAUGUGUCUGGAGGGCGUGCAGCUGUACCUCAUGCUGGUCGAGGUGUUUGAGAGCGAGUUCUCACGCCGAAAGUACUACUACAUCUCUGGGUACCUCUUCCCAGCUGUGGUGGUGGGCAUCUCAGCAGCCAUCGACUACCGAAGCUACGGCACGCAGCGGGCAUGCUGGCUGAGGGUUGAUAACCACUUCAUCUGGAGCUUCAUCGGACCUGUAACCUUCAUAAUUGUGGUCAAUGUCAUCUUCCUGGUGGUGACGAUGUACAAGAUGGUGAAGCAUUCCACCUCCAUGAAACCGGACUCGUCCAGGCUGGGGGGUAUCAGGUCGUGGGUGUUGGGAGCGUUUGCCCUACUUUGUCUUUUGGGGCUGACAUGGUCCUUUGGCUUGUUCUUCCUCAACGAAUCCUCCAUCGUGAUGGCUUACCUCUUCACUAUCUUCAACACUCUGCAAGGGAUGUUCAUCUUCAUCUUCCAUUGCCUCCUCCAGAAAAAGGUCCGCAAAGAGUACAGCAAAUGUUUCCGUCAGUCCCAGUGCUGCGGCGCACUUCCACCUGAGGGCUCCCACAGUUCAGCCAAGACAGCCACGUCCCGAUCCACGGCCCGCUACUCAUCUGCUACACAGAGUCGCAUCAGGCGGAUGUGGAACGACACUGUGAGGAAGCAGUCUGAGUCCUCCUUCAUCUCAGGAGACAUAAACAGCACCUCCACACUCAACCAGGGGAUGACUGGCAACUACCUCCUAACUAACCCUCUCCUUCGAACCCACGACACUAACCCUUAUAACAACCUGCUGGCAGAAACAGUGGUGUGCAACACCCCCUCUCCACCGGCCUUUCACUCUCCAGGACAGCACUCUCUGAGCAACAGCAGGGACAUCAGCGCCAUGGACACCCUCCCUCUCAAUGGCAAUUUCAACAACAGCUACUCCCUGCGAGACGAUGACUAUGAGGCUGUGGGCGCUCGAGCCCCAGGUGACUUGGGGGGACUCAACCUGGACGAUGCUGCCUUUGAGAAGAUGAUUAUAUCUGAGAUUGUCCACAACAACCUAAGGCCCCGCGGGGCCCCCAAAGGUCGCGACGCCCAGAGGGAGAGGGACAGAGCCUUGCCUCCCCAGACCAGGGUGACAGUGGACCGAGGUGGGGGUGGGAGUGGCAGCGAGGAUGACGCCAUCGUGGUGGAUCACCCCGAGGCCUCAUCCCCCCAGAGAGGAAGUGGAAGAGGAGGCCACGCCACCCUGGAGCUGCUUCUGCACCCCCACCACAAGGAGGCGCUGGAGGCCCCUCUCCUGCCCCAGAGGACUCACUCUCUGCUCUACAGUGCCCAGAAGGCCCCCAGGCACCUGGAGGGGCAGGGUGGCCAUGGCUCUGAGACUGUUACUGCAGUGGAGGACAUGGGCUCCCAUUCACCCAACAAUAAUAGAGACUCCCUUUACACCAGCAUGCCAAACUUGAGAGACUCACCCUCGCCCUCAGCUUCACCGUACCCCCCCGAAGAGGAGGAGGAGCUCUCCCCCUCACCUCGAAGCGAGAGCGAGGACGCAUAUCAUAAAAGCAUGCCCGAGCUCGGCGAUGCGCCGCAGCCUCUGUCCUACUACCACAUAAACCGAGGCACCAGCGACGGGUGCAUCAUCCCACCCAGCAAUGAAGGCUGUGCACAGGAAGGAGAGGCCCCCAGCGACGGACAAAUGCAGCUCAUUACUAGCCUCUGAGCCGGCCGGCUUUGUUUGCACAGGUUUUAACAGAUGGGUGCUUUCGGUUGAUGUCAAGCGAGCUGGCGAGUCUGGCUCUGCAUUCCACAUGCCCUUCCUGUUAGAACAGGAAGUGAAGUGUUGUUGGGUGGGAAAAGGAAUGAAUAAAUGACUUUUGCACACAGAUCUCAUUAACACACAAAACACGUCUAUCCGAGGCCAGACAAAUGGGGACUGUGAAAGCUCUGCUGUUGGACUAAAGAGGUGCAGAGAAUAACACACGGGCCACUGUGUCAGAGAUAAGUCUGGCAUUGCUGUUGUACUGAAGGAAGAGUUGAAGAAUAAGUGAUAAAAAAAAUAUACUCCAAGCAAAGAACUUUGAAACUCCUGACAGUUUGCUGGGGGACUUUGCAGAACCAGGGUCUUUUUAGUCAUGAAGUACAGAACUAGAACUAGUGUGGCUCCACUACACGGUCAGGACUGUAAAGUUAAGAAACCACUAAUUCAGACUCAGGCCUUAUAUUUUCUCUAUUGCACAUUUAACUGUUGUCAAAGUAACAGCUAAAGAAAAUAUAUUUUGCUGUACCACUAGUGUAAAAAGUAAAUAAAUAAAAAAAAUUGAAAAAAAAAAAAGAAACGGCAACCAUUCAGUAGUUAAGCCCUUUCAAUGUUAAUAAGAUUCUUCAGACAAGGUUAAUCAAAAUGGUGGAAAUGUGCUUUUUCCUCUCACACUUGACUCGUUGUAGUAUGUUUGAAUAUGAAAAAAAAAAUGUUUCGAGAGAUAUCAAUCCAUAUGCUCACGUCUCUGCUUGUGAAGUGCUUUUGCUUUCAUGAAUGAUGAGUUUUUGCCAGUAGUAUAUUUGUUAACACCGGGCCAUGCACAGAUUUGGAGUGAAUUGGAUACUCGUGUAAUUUAUUUUACUUGAAAGAAAUUGUCAGGUUUAAAGACUUAUGUUCGUGUCAAUGCGAUAUUGCAGUUUUUGCGGACAUGUUUCAUCCUUUGACACUAAUUAAUUUAUUAACUGAACUAUUCAGAGUAAAAGAUAAAAGAUAAAAAAAGAACAUGGUUGGAAAGUGUGAAAAGUUGUUGCAGCACUGAUUAGGUUCCUUUUAUUUCUUUUGUAAGAGCCCAUCAUCAGCUGAUAUUUAAUUCAACUCCUGUUUGAUAUCAAAUAAAUGUGAAUUUUUUUCUUGUU